CUGGAUGACACGCAACGCGCAUUAAUAGUCAGAAAUGGAAAACAUUUACCGCUUCAAAAAGAGAAUGGUGUAUCCGGAAAAGUUAACUUUGGACCAAGUCGGUGGCAAAGCGCCUUCUGCAAAAUCCUCGUCAUGGUGCAAUGGACCGUUAGAAAAAUACAACAAAAUAAACGUUGUUGACAGUGCUAAAGUAACGUGCAAAAGUGAGGUUCGCGAGGAGAAUAGGUCGCCCUCGUUCGAAAACGACUCCACAUCAGCAAAUCGCCAGUUUAUCCAAGACCGAAUCAGACACCUCGUCGAUGCUUUCAGCACAAGGGCUCAAGCUGCAAGGGAAAGAAUCGAGACUCCUGCGACUCCGUCCUCCAUCAGCAGCAGGGAGACAGUGGAGCCGCCCCCAGUGCAAAUCAAGCCAAAACUAAGCACUACAUCGGACAAGAGUAUCAACGAAGUUCCUCAAACUAAAUCCAAAUCAAAUUCCAUCUAUAGGAAUAUUAAGUACGUUUUGGAUAAUAAAGUUAUCGACCCCAAUGGUAAAAUUUACAUCACGUGGAUGUCAAUUGCCGCCAUGGCUGUUAUGUAUAACGCCUGGGUUAUCCCUCUGAGGAGCACUUUUCCAUAUCAAACGCCCCAGAAUAGGCCAGUAUGGAUGGCGUUUGAUUACUUAGCCGAUUUUGUUUACUUGCUCGAUAUGAUUCUCAUUCAGCCAAGAGUCAAAUAUUUGAACGAGGGGUUUUGGGUUACUGAUAUGGCGCAGCUUAGGUAUAACUACAUCAAGAAAAAGGCUUUUAAGUUAGACUUGGUGUCUCUUAUACCUCUGGAUCUUCUCUACUUGGUAUUAGGCCCUGAAUGUGUUAUUUUACGCAUCCCACGCUUCUUCAAAUUGCACACAUUUUGGGAGUUUUUCAGUUUCGUGGACAAACUCCUCGCUAAUCCUUACAUAAUAAGGAUAACCCGGACUUUGAUGUACAUGAUGUACUUAAUCCACGUAAACGCAUGUGCGUAUUAUGCGUUUUCUUCGUGGGAAGGGAUCGGAAGCAAUAAUUUCGUUUUUGAUGGAGUCAACAAUGCCUACAUAAAAUGCUUUUAUUUUGCCACCAAAACUGCAACCUCAAUCGGAAAGAAUCCAAAACCGACUCAAGAAAUCGAAUAUAUGUUUAUGACGGUGUCAUGGCUAAUGGGCGUGUUUGUAUUCGCUUUGUUAAUAGGGCAAAUACGAGACAUAAUUUCAACGGCAACAAGGUCUAAAACCGAAUACAGAAAACUAGUAGAUGAAACUUUGGAAUAUAUGAGAAGGUUGAAUUUGCCGCAAGAUAUGCAAAGGAGGGUCCAAUUAUGGUUCAACUAUACAUGGGAGACGCAACACACACUUGAUGAGAAAAACAUCUUAGAUUGCCUACCCCAUAAAAUGAAGACCGACAUCGCCAUAAAUGUUCACAUUCAAACCCUCAGCAAAGUUAAACUUUUCGCUGACUGUGACGAAGCCCUCCUUCGUGAGCUCGUUCUCCAGCUGAAAUCGGUCAUUUACCUCCCUGGUGACAUAAUUUGUAAAAAAGGCGACGUCGGUAAAGAAAUGUACAUUAUCCAAUGCGGGAAAGUCCAAGUUAUCGGAAGACAUGAAAACGAGGUUCUUGCAACUCUCUCUGAAGGCUCUGUUUUUGGCGAAAUUAGUCUCUUGGGAAUCCCUGGAAUGAACCGCCGCACUGCUGACGUCCGAUCACAGGGACACUCAAAUCUGUUUGUUUUAAGCAAAGCUGACUUAAAUGCUGCCUUGUCACACUACCCAGAAGCUCAAGAAUUGCUCAAUAAGAAAGCGAAAAUGCUCAUGAAGAAGAACGCUGCUCUUGAAAGAAAACACAACGCUAUGAUUAUCAUUGAUAAUCCCACGCCUCCGGCAAAACAGGCCAAAUUACUGGAUACGGUUCUGCAAGUGGUGCCGCUUGAUUCGAAAACCAAUAGACUUUUGAGGUAUGGGAGUAGAGGGAAGCCGAGAGGGAGGCCGGAGAAUGAAAGGUUUAAGUACAGGAAUAGUUUGCCAAGUAUUAAAGGACAUGGAGGGAUUGAUAGAUCGUUUCAGACCAAAGUGACAGUGCACAGGACUAUGAGUUAGUGUAACUAGUUUAAUUAGAGAAUAAUUUUACAGUCGAUUGAACACGAUAUGAUUUACGAGUAAUUCGUGGUAUUUAUGAGGAAGUUGGUAGUAGGUCAGGCCUUCAGGAAAAUGUCUUCAAGUUUCUUAUCUUACAAAUUGGAAGAUAAAUACAUAAUGACAUUUUAUCUACAUGUGCUGACUCACUUUACGAAUAUUUUUAUAACGGUCAUUGAAAAAUCAAUGUUUAUUGCUUGGAAAAAAUAUUACAUCAUCUGCAAAUUAAGCUUUAAGUAUGCUGUGAAAAAGUAGCCUUCUUAGUUCGGAAUGAUUUAAAUUAUUAUUAUAAUAUUGUUAGUUGAAGAGAGUUACUUAUAUUGAACCGGAAAGUUGAAUUUAAUAAUUUGUAUUUACAGAGUUUUUGGUUUACUACAGGGUGAGUUAUUUAUAAUAAAGACCCUAACUAAUUUUUAGACGCAACUUAAAAUUUAUUUCCAGACAACUUGGCUUUUGUUAUGUUUAUUAAAUUUAAAUCAAAGUAGUUGAUAUGUCAUUCAUUAAAUUUGACAAUGUCAUCACUUACACUUUUUUUCCUUGAAUUCAAAAUGUACUCAAAUAGCAAAGAAACUGAUACAUGGAAAAUGUCACAGUGUUAAAAAAAAUUAAAAAAAAACAUACCUACAAGAUCACCAGUAACACUAAAUAGACAUAAAAAAUAUCAAAUCUUAAAAAAUAAAUGUCAAAAUUUAUUGUCAGAUUGAAUUUUUUUUCUUAUCUUACUUGAAUUUUUUUUUCUGGGGUGUGAGUUCUGAAACAUCUUGUAAAUGACUCACCCUGUAUUUUCUGUACAAUAAAUAAAAGCUGAAAUCAAUAAAUUUAAAAACAAAAAAAUUAUUGCUAUUUUGAGAUACAUAACGGGUCGGUUUAUAGAAGCGUCAUUAAGUUAAAUGCAAUCAAACGUCAGAUUAACUGAUCACGUGACCAAAUUGAACCAACCAUAUUCUCAGAUUCGCGCGGUUAAAGGCGUAUUAACUUUUAAUAACAAAUUAAUUUUUAAUUUGCUUUCUAUGUAUAAACCGACUCUUAGUGAAAAACUGUUAGCGUUUUCUUGGUUGUGCAAUUUAUCUCAGUUAUUUGUAAUAAUUUGUGUAUUUCUCAGUUCAUUCUCCUCUAAGUUAUUGCUUUGAAUACAAAAUAUUUUACACUGAUGAUUUGAUGAAGCUUUUAGAAUGUAAGGGAGAUCAGGGCAAAAAUUUAAAUUUUCAAAUUUAUUUAGGUGUUGCUGACCUCUUAAUAGCUGUUUUUUUUUGUUAUACAAAAAAUUACCAAAAUUUUUUGAUAGAUUCUAUAGGGCUAGGGCGCGAGUUCUGAAACAGCCUGUAUUUUGAUUUUCUAAAAUAAUGAAAUAAAAAAUUCUACAAAUAAAUUUUUACAUCUUCUAGCAAAAAUAAUAAAUUGAAAUUUGACUUAAUUUUAUUGUGCCGAUUUUUAGGGCAGUUUUACCCUAAAAACUAAUUGUUACGAUUAUUACAAAAUUAUUUUUAUCAUURUUUCAA